AAGAGACCCCUUCUCUGUGAGGGACAGAGACAGUCCUGCCCCCCGCCCCCAUCACGCUCUGCCUGAGUUCCAGCCACUUCUGUUUACCGUCCAAAGUCCCAGGGGCAGGAGAUGCCAGGUUAGAAGCACUUGGACACUCAGACACACGGGUUCAGGGCCGUCGCCUGGACUGGCCCCCUCCCCUUCCCUCCUUUCCUCUGUGAACACCACCUGCUCCACUUCUCCAGGCUCAAGCCCCUCCUUCACCCUGGGGCCUGGGCUGCCUGGGAGACUGGAGAGUCAGCCCUCCAAACCUGUAGCAGAUCCAACCCAAACUGCUGCCUCGACCUACUAUCAGCCUCCGCCUGAAUUAGCAUCUUAGCACAGCAUCAACCCCGAGCUCAGCCCCAGCCCCAGCCCCAGCCCUGGUCCAGCCACAGCCCAGGACCCAGCAUGGCGAGGGACUUUCAGGACAUCCAGCAGCUGGACUCUGAGGAGAAUGACCACCAGCUUUGCAGAGGGACGCCUCCUCCUCAGCCCUUUGUCCUGCAGCGUCUCUGCUCCAAGCUCCGCCUCAGUCUGCUUGUCCUGGGCUUCAACAUCCUGCUGCUGGUGGCUGUCUGUGUGAUGGGGUCCCACAGAGCACAGCUGCAAGUGGAGCUGCAGACCCUAAAGGAAACUUUCAGCAACUUCUCCUCGAGCACCUUGAUGGAGAUCCUGGCUCUAAGCUCCCAUGGAGGCAGCGCCGCCGGUGACAAGGUGACAUCUCUGGAAGCCAAGCUGGAACAACAGCAGCAAGACCUGAAAGCAGAUCAUGCCACUUUGCUGCUUCAUCUGAAGCACUUCCCGGUGGAUAUGCGCACGCUGGCUUGUCAGCUGGCGUUCCUCCAGAGUAACGGCACAGAAUGCUGCCCGGUGAGCUGGGUGGACUAUGAAGGCAGCUGCUACUGGUUCUCUCGCUCCGGGAAGCCCUGGCCCGAGGCUGAGAAGUACUGCCAGCUGGAGGACGCCCACCUGGUGGUCAUCAACUCCAGAGAGGAACAGAAAUUCAUUGCACAACACACGAACCCCUUUCAAACCUGGAUAGGCCUCACUGACAGUGAUGGCUCCUGGAGAUGGGUGGAUGGUACAGACUAUAGGCACAAUUAUAAGAACUGGGCUGCCACUCAGCCAGAUGACUGGCAGGGGCACGAGCUGGGGGGCAGCGAGGACUGUGCUGAGAUCCGGGGGGACGGCCGCUGGAACGACGAUUUCUGCCAGCAAGUGAAACGCUGGGUGUGUGAGAUAAAGCGGAACAUCACCAUCUAGGUGUCCUGACCUCCAGCAGACCUCUGACCUGCACCCCACCUGCCUCCAAGUCGUCCACUGGGCAUUUCGAAGAAAGGAAGAAGAGAGUCCUCAGUGGCGUGGGGAGGGGUUGAGGAGACAUAGAAGGGGGUGGUUGAAGAAGCUUAGACCCUGGGGAGACUGAGAUCCCGCCUCCUUCUGAAAGUCACUGUAAUUACUAUUAUAAUUUUCGGCCUCCUCAGUGGAGUAGGAAAAAGACAGAUACUUGAAA